AUGGGGGACAGGAAAGCAUUCGUCGUGGGCAUUAGCGGGGCUUCGUCCAGCGGGAAAACGACUCUUGCCCGGUUGCUGCGUGAUGUAUUUCCCAAUACCUUCAUAUUACACGAGGACGAUUUCUAUAAGCCGGAAACCGAACUUCCCUCCAAAGAUGGCCUGCUAGACUGGGACUGCGCGGAGUCCAUCUCAAUCCCAGACAUGGCACGGGCGCUGGCUUAUAUCCGGGAACAUGGCACUUUUCCUCCAUUCGUCGACUCGAAAGAAGACCAAAAUUCCAUCGGCGCCUGUCCCGUCUCCGAUGCUGCCAUCGCCGCCGCGAAAGCUAAAGUCGCUUCAUGGGCCUCCCCAGGUCAACCCGGACAUUCCAUCCUGCACUCGAGAUCCUCUCCCCUGCGUAUCUGCGUUCUGGACGGCUUCCUGCUGUACUCGCCCGAACUCGAAGCCGGUGGCGUUCCCGCACUCCUCGACACCAAGCUCUUCCUCCUCGUGAGCCGCGAGCGGGCGACUCAACGACGGGAACGGCGCGAUGGGUACGUAACCCUAGAAGGUUUUUGGACCGAUCCGCCGGGGUACGUGGAUAAGAUCGUGUGGCCGAACUACGUUGCUUCGCACGCGGGAUUGUUUCAGGGAGGGGAUGUAGAAGGGAAGCUGGAUGAGAAGGUGCUAAAGGAGAAGGGCAUUGAGGCGCAGAUUGGACGGGGCGUAGAUCUCGAUAUGGAAGAAACGUUCAACUGGACUGUGGAGACAGUGAUGAGGAGAUUGGAGGAGUUUGGUGGGAAGAGAUAG